GCUGAGGUGGCCGCAGAGGAGCCGGGGGCGGGGCUGGCGGCGCCAUGGCCGAGGGCAGCGGGGAAGUAGUCGCAGUGCCCCCGUCCGGGGCUGCCAACGGCCUCAGCAAUGGGGCAGGUGGCACAUCGGCGCAGAGCAGCAACCCGCUGUCGCGGAAGCUGCAUAAGAUCCUGGAGACGCGGCUGGACAACGACAAGGAGAUGUUGGAAGCUCUCAAGGCACUUUCAAGCUUUUUUGUUGAAAAUAGUUUGCGGACUCGAAGAAAUUUACGUGGAGAUAUUGAACGCAGAAGUUUAGCCAUCAAUGAAGAAUUUGUAAGCAUUUUCAAGGAAGUGAAGGAAGAACUUGAAAGCAUAAAUGAAGAUGUUCAAGCAAUGAGCAACUGUUGUCAAGAUAUGACAAGUCGCCUACAGGCAGCAAAGGAACAGACUCAAGAUUUAAUAGUAAAAACCACUAAGCUUCAAGCUGAAAGUCAAAGGUUAGAAAUAAGAGCACAAGUUGCUGAUGCCUUCUUAUCCAAGUUCCAACUGACUUCUGAUGAAAUGAGUCUUCUCCGAGGUACAAGAGAAGGACCUAUUACUGAGGAUUUUUUCAAAGCAUUGGGAAGAGUAAAACAGAUUCAUAAUGAUGUCAAAGUUCUCUUGCGUACAAACCAACAAACAGCAGGUUUAGAAAUUAUGGAACAAAUGGCCUUGCUUCAAGAAACAGCUUAUGAAAGACUUUAUCGAUGGGCUCAAAAUGAAUGCCGAACAUUGACACAAGAAUCAUGUGACAUAUCUCCAGUAUUAACUAAGGCAAUGGAAGCCCUGCAGGAUAGACCUGUCUUAUAUAAGUAUACCUUAGAUGAGUUUGGAACAGCCAGAAGAAGUACAGUUGUUCGUGGAUUUAUUGAUGCUCUUACAAGAGGGGGCCCAGGAGGUACACCUAGACCUAUUGAAAUGCACUCCCAUGACCCUUUGAGGUAUGUAGGAGAUAUGUUGGCUUGGCUCCAUCAAGCUACUGCUUCUGAAAAAGAACACCUUGAAGCUCUCUUAAAGCAUGUGACUACACAAGGCGUUGAAGAAAAUAUUCAAGAAGUUGUUGGGCAUAUCACUGAGGGUGUGUGCAGGCCUCUAAAGGUUCGAAUUGAACAAGUAAUAGUUGCUGAACCUGGGGCAGUUCUAUUAUAUAAAAUUUCUAACCUCCUUAAAUUUUACCAUCAUACAAUCAGUGGCAUUGUUGGAAAUAGUGCAACUACAUUGUUGACUACAAUUGAAGAAAUGCAUUUGCUAAGCAAAAAAAUAUUCUUCAGUAGCUUGAGUCUUCAUGCAAGUAAAUUAAUGGACAAGGUUGAACUCCCACCACCUGAUCUUGGACCAAGUUCUGCCUUAAAUCAGACACUCAUGUUGUUGCGUGAAGUUUUGGCAUCUCAUGAUUCUUCAGUCGUACCACUGGAUGCCCGUCAAGCUGAUUUUGUGCAGGUUUUAUCAUGUGUCUUGGAUCCUCUCCUCCAGAUGUGUACUGUAUCAGCCAGCAAUUUAGGCACAGCUGACAUGGCCACUUUCAUGGUCAAUUCACUAUAUAUGAUGAAGACAACAUUAGCUCUGUUUGAAUUCACUGACAGACGUCUGGAAAUGCUACAGUUUCAGAUUGAAGCACAUUUGGACACACUUAUAAAUGAACAAGCUUCUUAUGUUUUAACUAGAACAGGCUUGAGUUAUAUCUAUAACACUGUACAGCAACAUAAACCUGAACAGGGCCCUUUAGCUAAUUUGCCCAAUCUAGAUUCUGUGGCAUUGAAGGCUGCAAUGGUUCAGUUUGAUCGUUAUCUGUCGGCCCCAGACAACCUGUUAAUGCCCCAGCUGAAUUUUCUUCUAAGUGCCACAGUGAAAGAGCAGAUCAUAAAGCAGUCUACAGAAUUAGUCUGCAGAGCCUAUGGUGAAGUGUAUGCAGCUGUGAUGAAUCCAGGCAAUGACUACAAAGAUCCAGAGAGCAUUCUCCACCGAUCGCUGCAGCAAGUGCAGACACUUCUCUCCUGAUUAUCUUAUUUGAAUGUAUUAGCAAAAUAUUGUGUCCCUAAAAUCCUGAAGGUUUUCUUGGUUUUUAGUCUGUUAAUCUUUAGGUUGGAAUUUUAUGGUUACGGUUUUCUUUGUAUCAUAAGAUUGUGGGUCCCAGUAAUUGCUUUACUUUGAUCACAAUAAUGUGGACGUAGGUUACGUUGACCUGACUUAGUGUUGCUCUGUGUCUGCUCUCCAUGUAGAGAUGCUGUCUUCUCUACUAGCCACCUCUCCAGCUCUGCAGUUUCCCCUCGAUUCUGGAAUGUAAAUGUGUGGGGAAAAAGUAGUAUGAGAGUUUGGAGGAUUUCAUUUUUACAAGAACUAGUUCUAAAUUAACCAUACAUAAAAAAAUUUAUCUAAACUUAAGAAUUAGUUUGAAGAUAUAAUCUAAUAAAUGUCUCUUUACCUAAGUAUUCAUUUGCUUUCUUACUAGUUAUUAAUGUGAGUAGGUAUACUUAAACUGAGGAGCAGAAACAUACACUCAGCAGAAAAGGGAAAAAGGGAGACAGAAAUAAUUUAAACAGCAUGGCUUCCACUCUGUGUCCCCUGGACUGAAUUCAGGGUGAAGUUCAGCGCUUCAGAUGGGUUUUAGGUAUAUGGGCAUCCUGUGCUGUGUGUAAGUCUGGUGUUUACGGGUAGAUUUUUGUCAUACAAUGUGGACUCUAAAUGCAACCAACUACAAAUUGUAUCUGGUGUUCAAACCAAAGAGAUAACGAUCUACUCUAACACUGGCAGGAAAAUGCCAGGGUAGCAAUUGCUGACUGACAGUGUAUCUGUCCCCAUGAUGGCCCCUCACAAAGAAUAAUUUGACCUCUGACUUUAAAACUUGUGAGUAAUUUGAAAUCACUGUUUUUUUAAAAACAAAUCUCAAUGUAUUUGAUGUGACUUUACUUUGUUGGUUAGAUUUUGAGGACAAUUCUUAAUAACAAAAUAUCUUAAUUUCUGGUAAAUCUAUAAACAGAAGUAAAUCCCUACAUUAUGAGAAAACUGAGGCAUAAAGAAAAAAAUGACUAGGUUAAAAUCUUUUGAAAAGUAGUUAGUUAAAAUUAAUAUUUAUAUAGCAAAUAAUUAGUAUUUAUAGAAUGUGGCCUAUUCAUCUAUCUGAAAUUUAUAAUUGUUUAUACUAAUAUGAUUCUUUUGGAGCAAGAGUGAUUAUAUAUUGUCUCUUUUGGUAUUAAUCUGUAUUUUUAGUCUUUUCCUUCAAAGGGUAUAUGCGAUGUAUAAAAGAUAGAAAAUAAAGUAUAACACAAAUCAAGAACUUAAAUUUUAUAUAAUUUAUUUCUGCCAUGAAAAAAGAUUGCUACUUUACCAUUAGUGAAUUCCUUUGUUUUCUAGGAAAAAAGUGUAUUUGGCUUUUUACCUAGUUUUCUCAAAUAAAAUGUUAAACUAUU